AUGCAGGGCUUAUACCAGGCUGCUGGCUGGAUUCUCGUGACUCUGGGGGCUCUCAGUGUAGUCUCUGGAGUUAUUGCUUUCUUCCCAGUCUUUUCCUACAAGCCUUGGUUCACAGGAUGGAGUGUCUGGAUUGCUUGUCCCAUCUGGAAUGGAGCUUUGGCCAUCACGACCGGUGUCCUCCUACUGCUGGCUCACAGACAGUGGAUCCAGAGAUACCUGUGGGAAGCUGGUUUCACCUUUGUGAUUCUGAGCAUUAUGGGAUGUCCACUCCAUUUUGCAGUAGCCUUGAAAUCCGCUCUCCUUGGCCCGUAUUGCUUCUACUCUUUUUCCGGAAUUGCAGGGACCAAUUACCUGGGUUAUGCAGUUGCCUUUCCCUUUCCGUAUACAAGAUUCCCGUCAGUUUGUGUAGACCCACCUCACUAUGAAGAGUACCACCUGACGCUGCAAGCCUUUGACCUGUGCCUGAGUUUUACCAUGCUAUGUGUGUCCUUGACAUCAUUCAUCACACUUUCUGCAAGACUGAUCCGAGAUGGGCACAUAAAUGGACUGAGGGGAAAUAAGACUUGGGUGAGGAGGAUGAAGAGCCCCAAUGAGGAAUAACAAGACCUGAGUUAGGUAGUGAUGCUGGACAUGAGAAGAGUGAUACAUCUGAGAGAGAUUUGCGAGGUAGAAUCAACAGGACUUAGUAACAGCAUGUGGAACAAAGGAGGAGCCCAGGAAGAUGCAAAGGAUUUCUGGACCAUGAGAGACAGACAGAGUGAUUGGAUUUAAUGUGAGUCCCACCCUUGUCACUUAAGGUUAGUGCUCAGUUUCACAUCUCAUCAUUAAUCAAAAGCCACUGUAAGAACCUGAUAGAAGAAAUCAGAGGACUUCUGCCUAGGAUUCUAGCCAAUGAGGUACUAAAGUUUACCAUUGGACACUCCAUGACUCAGGUUGUUCACAUGCCAAAUACAAAUGAUGACUCGCUUUGAGUUUAUGAUAAACCUAGUGCUGAAGGGCAUGGACUACAAGACAGUUUCAGUCUUGGUCAUAUUUAUUGAACAAUAUGUCUCUUCUUCUACUGAACCUCCCAUGGCAAAGGUCAGCCAUGAAAGACCUGUAGACAGUCAAGCCCAAUGGACUCGUCAAUCUACAUCUUCCUUGACCUCUCUUCAGCCUUUGGAACUAUUGACCACUGUCUCCAUGAAAUGCUCUCCCUUUGACUUCCAUGCACCGUUAUCUUUGGUUCUCUUCCUUCUCUGUGGCUUUUCCUCCUCAGUCGCCUUUAAAGGCCCUUUUGCUCUGUUCACCACUUAAAGACCAGUGACCUCACCCCUUUUGGGUUGAUGCCUCACACAUCCACAUCUGUUGCCCAGUCCCCUCUCCUGCUCUAAUGAGCUCUACAUCUGACUAUUUUCCGGUCAUGCUCCUGUGUCCCUCAGACACAUCAAAUUCAAGAUGUUCAUAAUGGAGUUCGUCAUCUGCUUGUCCCCAAAACCUGCUCUUCUUCCUGAAUCUCCAACUCAGUUGCCAACACUCAUGACAUGCAGGACAAACUUGAGACCUGGAGUCACCCUUGACUCCACAUACCUGAGUCCAUCACCAUGUCCUGACAACUGUACCUCUUAAAUAUUUCUCUGUUGUGUCCUUCUUUCUCUAUACCAACCGUGAUGACCCUGGUUUGCCCCCAUCUUCUUUCACUCAGACUUCUGUUCCCAGUCUUGUCUUUCUUAAGAAGUAUCCUCCACUCAGGCUCAAGAAUGAGCUCUCUAAAGUUCAAAUCUGUGCUUAUCAUUCUCUGCUUUAAAUCCUUCUGCUGUUCCCCUUCACACAGGAUACAGUCAAGCUCCUUCGCAUGACAUCCAUGUACACUCAGCUCCUCUCUGAGCAUGUGAGUUCCUCCAGGACAAGGACAAAGAUGAGCAGGAAAGGUGGGAGUAUGAGAGUCAAAAGAGGAGCAGGGUAGCAGGUUGCAGUACUCAUUGUCAUUUUUAUGUCUUCCUGGCUACAGUUAAAGUCUUACCUAAACCUACAGGAGGCACAGUUCAAAUUUAGAAACAGUUCACAUGUCAUGGGAAAAUUUACUAUGGUCGUGGAAUCCAACAAGAAUCUCCAGAAAGGAGUACGUAGAAAAAGUAGAUUUAAACUUCCAUACCAAGGAUCAGUGGUUUAUUGAAGAAGAAUUGCUUUCAGCAUUAUUUAUGACUCAGGGAGAACCUGAUAUGCUGUAGUACUUCUGAAGUCAGAUUGUUUGAGGGGUAAUUGCUUCCUCUAUCGCCUGCUUUCUGAGUAGCCUUGAGCAAAUCAAUAUUGAACCUCUCUGAGCCUAAAGUUCUUCAUUGGCAAAAUAGAGAUAACACCAUAUAUGGCAAAAUAAAAUAACAUACUUACUAUUUAGAGUCCUACACUGAGCAUGGUAGUUGAUAGAUCCUUAAGAAAUGUUUGCUAUCUUCCCCUCACUUCUUUUUUUCUUUUAAUUCUUAUUU